ACUUCACUUGUUGGCCAAAAACACUGCAGCCAUCUUGCCCCGCGCGUCAAGAGUGAGUAAACUCUGAAAUUAGGUUCGUUGGCUUGCUGUAAACCACGUUAUUAUUCUACCAAUAGUCACGCGGUGCAAUUCCGAAACCAAAUCGCCAUUGGGUUUGUGUAAACACGUCGGCGACGAUGUAAUAUUUGAUGAAGACAAUUCGUCUCAGAUACGAUGUUGUUCCGUCUUACUCAUCCCCCGGAAUGACAGCUGAAGCCAUUGGUACCGCCUUUUAAAAUGCGGAGCAGCCAAUCACAGCUCGCCGAAAUCCCCCGCACGGAGACGUUUCGCUGUUAUGCGCAUGCGCAUGUCAGUUGGUAAGUCCCUCCGCUCUCUCACAACCUCGCGGGAGUGUGAAGAUGGCGGUUGAGUCCGGUCCGCUGGAUGAGCCUUUUUUACACACAGAGGCGAAUAAAGCGGUAGUUUGUCAUCCCGUUCAGUCUGUAGAGUCACAUCUGUCGUUCUUGUGUCACAACAACCACUGGUGUAGGCACGAGGCAGACGGUAAUUACACGGCUAUAGUUCACGGACAAGAGGGUAGCGCGAGCUAAUGUCCAGCUGGGACUUGGUCAAGACGAUUGCCAAAAGCAGGUACGCUGUAACUACUACUGUUGUUUACCUAUUUGUAUCUCCGAGUAUACACGAAAAGCAACAGCUGACCGAGAAAAACAGUGUCAGAGUCUUGCACCCAUCACAAAUUCAAGAUUGUUCUGUGCUUCUUUUAAACAAGUUGGAAGUGUAGUGUGUGUGGGGGUUCUCAUCAUAACGAGGUCCCUCCCCAUGGUUCAACCAUGGAUGCGUCGACGGACUCCACCACGGGACACGACCCGGACAAAACACUUGUUGUCAGUGGCGCUGUGACUUCUCUCCCUACUCACCAGGGAAUAGUAGACUCACACUCAGCGCAGACUUUCAAUGGGAGCCGAGUUAUGAACUCUCACAAUUCAGGAAGUGCCGACUCUCUCGCGGGGGCGACGGUGACAAGUGGUACCGUGAUAUCUGUCAACAACAGUGGACCAGUGGUGCCCAAAGGGCUGGCCAGUGCAGCAAUGCAUCCCUCGUCAAACAGUGUAAUCCAGACGCAUCUCGUGAACUCCCCGAGUGUCGUCUCUGCGGCUGCAGGACCCACGGUGACGCUCGUCAGGCCGCCCGUGCACACCGCGGGGUCGGGUGCAACUUUGAAUGGGAACAAUACUAAUGCGAGCCUCAACACAGCAGGUCACACAGGUUUAGGCAUACAAACCCCGCCGUCCAACUCGCUCUCUGUGAGCGCAGGGUCGAACAUAAUCAAAGCAGAGCCACCCACAACAAUAAUACAGUCGGCACCGCUGCAGGCGGCUGUCAGUCCUGGUGCCGUCGGCGCUGCCCGGAUUACUCCGAUGGUAGCCAGCGGUCCCGGCGGGAUCCGAGCCCUGACGCCUCAGAUGUUGGCCCCAAGGCUGCCCCAGACCUCACCGGGACAGCCCAGUAUUGGCCUGCAUAACAUCCAGCUCCCCCCGGGGAUGGUGCUUGUGCGCAGUGAGAGUGGACAGCUGCUGAUGAUUCCUCAGCAGGCUCUGGCCCAGAUGCAGGCCCAGGCACAAGGAGGCAUGGCCCCUCGGACCGCUGCACCGACAAGCGUGCCUCCUGGCCAGGCUCCUGGAAACAUCAGCAGACUAGUGGCCCCCAGCACAAUCCGUCAGGGCUGUCCCGCCCCAACGCCACUCGCUGCGACCACCACCCUUCACAGACCCCCCAUCCUUCAGAGCUCAGUUGGGGCUGCAGCACCAGGAAUUACCUCCAGGACCGUCAGCCAAACAGCUGGGACCACCAUUGCCUCAGUCAUGAUGAGCAGAGAGACAAUAGAGAACGUGAAGAAAUGUAAGAACUUCCUGUCGACGUUGAUCAAGCUGGCAUCCACUGGGAAGCAAUCUACAGAGACUGCAGCCAGUGUGAGAGAGCUGGUCAAGGAGCUGCUGGAGGCCAAACUGGAAGCGGAGGAAUUCACCAGCAGAUUGUACAAAGAGCUCAACUCCUCGCCCCAACCUUACCUUGUGCCUUUCCUCAAGAGAAGCCUCCCAGCCCUGAGGCAGCUCACCCCAGACUCGGCAGCCUUCAUCCAGCAGAGUCAGCUUCCCCAGCAGGCCUCAGGUCCGGUCCCCUCCACCUCACCCACCACGGUGGUCCUGGGCAGCUCAGCACCCCGCCUCACUGCUGCAGUCAGCAGGCCUCAGCUCCAGCCCGGCAUAAGCAAACCAGGACUGACCCCCUCACUGGUUAUCCAGCCCCAACAGCAGAGAGCAAUGUUGAAACCUCAGGUAGUCUUACCCACAACCCCCAUGGUGACUCUCAGGAAUCAGGCCCCUGGCCGCAUCAUGCUGGGACAGCAACAGCCGGUUCCUGUGUCACCUUUUUUUAAACAAGUCUCUGCUGCGUCCAUGAGCCUGGCUCAAAGGAACAAGCUGAGAGAGGCGGGUGGCACAUUCAAAGACGAGGACGACAUCAACGAUGUGGCCUCCAUGGCUGGAGUGAACCUAUCUGAGGAAAGUGCUAAUAUCCUCGCAACCAAUUCUGGACUCGUGGGAGCGGUGACGCAUUCCUGUAAGGACGAGGCCUUCCUCUCCUUUGCCUUUCUACAGAGGAGAAUGCAGGACAUCGGUCGGAGGUAUGGUGUGACAGACCUGGGUGCGGAGGUGGUGAACUUUGUCUCCCACGCUACUCAGCAGCGGCUCCAGAACCUGAUGGGAAAAGUUACUCUGGUGGCUCAGCAGAAAAACGUCAACUUCAAGGAGGAUGACACGCAUGAGCAGAGCAGCGAUGUUCGUGCUCAGCUCAAGUUCUUUGAGCAGCUGGACCAGCUGGAGAAACAACAGAAGGAGGAACAGGAGAGAGAGAUCCUCCUAAAGGCAGCGAAGUCUCGAGCUCGGCAGGAGGACCCAGAGCAGCUGCGUCUGAAACAGAAGGCAAAAGAGAUGCAGCAGCAGGAGCUGGCUCAGAUGAGACAGAGGGAGGCCAACCUAACAGCUUUGGCAGCCAUCGGUCCCAGGAAGAAGAGGAAGAUUCUGGGCUCUCCAUCCUCCUCUGCUGCAGCCGAGGGAUCAGGACCGGGUCCCUCUCCGUCUGGCGGGGCUGGUCCGUCUGGCUCCAGACCCACGCGGCAGCGCAUCACGCGCGUCAAUCUCAGGGACCUGCUCUUCUGUUUGGAGAACGAGAGAUCCACCAGUCACUCCCAGUUCCUCUACAAGGGCUUUCUCAAAUAGGCUCGAUGUCAGAGGGGGGAGGAGGGGGAAUGUGUGUGGAGAGACCAACCGCUCCCACCACAGAGACGGCAUAUCUUCUAAACGAAGAGGAGGAGGAGAGCGGCGUCUCGGCACAUUUGGAAGCUUUUCGGAUAUACCUGAUAACCUGAAGUACAGUGAUAACUAUAUUGGAUGGCCUCUCUACCCCCCCCCCCCCCACUUUAAAUAAUGCCUAUUUAGCUUCAGAGCACUCAUGGACUAAUGCUAUUUACCCUGUACAACUAUUGAAAAAGUGCAGUAAUGGAUUGUGUGUUAUGAGGAAGUGUCUAUGUAUGAACACAUGAAUUAUUGUACAUUAUGCACUGUCACACAGUACAGUAUAUUUUCAGAUUAUUUGUAUGCGCAUUAGACUUAAAAGCAAUGAAAAUCAUUUUGUUUUCAAAUCAAGUUUUAAUCCACCACCGACUCAUUUUAUUGAAUAAUGAUUUUAUUUUGAUGAUUUAUUAUUAGCUUGGCUCCAAACUGUGUAACCUACUGAGUUGCCUUCCUAACUAUCAAUAAGCCAUAAAGCCACCCCGAGGCAUGUAACCGUGCUGUAACUCAUGAAGCAGUAGCUCUGUAUCCGUCAUCUCCAUCACUAUGCUUUGUGUGUUCAGCAUAUUUAUUUACUAAACUCGAGCUUAAAUGAACGUUUAGUUAUUUAUUUAAUUUCACGUGGCGUGUCAGUUGUUUCAUGUAGCUUCAAUUUAAAACUAAAUGCAUUUACCUGCAUAGGAUCUGUUUCAGAUUAGUUUUGAUAUGUUGUUGGGUGUUUUAGAUUUCAGUGAGUGAAGAGGGGUUUGUUCUUUUUUAAUCUUUUAAGUUGUUCUUUAUGAAAUUAGUUUGACAUUAUUGAUUUCUGUAACUUAGUAGGUUUCAGAAAGCUUUUAACCCGUGUUGCUAUACCAAACAUACAUCUACCUGAAAGUGAUUUCUAUUUUUGUAGCUGCCCACCAACACACAUUUUUACUUUUUCAAUAGUGACUGACACUGUCCUCCGACUCAAGAAGCACUCAGGUGUAUCUUCAUAUGUAUUUGUAAAUGUUACACCUAAAGUUUACACAUGGCUUUGUAUAGAAUUGAGAAUUGACCCACCCAGCAUAAAGAAAACCACAUUUUAUCUAUUAAAUAGUUUUAAUAAAUAAUGAUUUUACAGUAACUGGUGUGGUUUGGUGUUUAAAGAGAGAGUUUUUGUAUUGCAUUGUAUCACACUAGGGGGCAGCAUUGCAUUAUUAGAACAUCUGGAUGGGAGCUCCGUGUGGCACUGAGGCUUUGUACAUGAGUGAGCUGAAUGCCUUUAAUUCCUUCUUACUCUACCUGUUCACAGAUAAUUCCACUUAAUCCUCUAACAUCUGCAAAGCCACAUGUAGUACACAAUGCGUGUCCCCCAGGUCUACGCGGGCAUCUAUUGAGCACAACUCCCAUGAGCAGAACACACAGCUCUCAACCUAGAACGAAAGAAAAAUCACGCUCACACACAGUCUGCGACCAGUCUGUGCAGGUUUAUGUUGGGAAGUCUCGUUUGAGUCCGUCUCCAUUAUGGGCCCAACACACGGCGCACUGGCAACAGCUGCAACAUCAGCUGCGAACAUUCUCCACAAGCAUGGGCUGCAAAUGAUUAGGCCACUCUGCCACUGGGACAGUUGCCUGAUGCUGCAAUGAUUGGGAGCAGCUUUCGUAUCGGCGUUGACCAAAGAGGAACAAUAAGUGUACAUUUGGAG